UCAAUGGAUCAUCAAAAGGCAGCUGCUCAGGGAAACGAAGAAGGAAGCAACGGCAAAGGGGGGUUUGUGUGCCGGCAAAGCAGCACUCGGUGGACGCCCACAACCGACCAAAUUAGAAUCUUGAAGGAGCUUUAUUACAACAAUGGAGUUCGGUCCCCAAGCGCCGAUCAAAUCCAGAGGAUCUCUGCUCGCCUUAGACAGUACGGUAAAAUUGAAGGCAAGAACGUUUUUUAUUGGUUUCAGAACCAUAAGGCUCGUGAAAGACAGAAGAAAAGGUUCACUUCUUCUGCCUCUGAUCAUCAUCAUCAUCAUCAACAAAUUCCUGUUCCUAAACAACAACAACAACAACAGCUACAAUCUUCCUUAGUUUCUUCGAAGCCUGAAGAUUCCUCUUCCUCUCCUUUGUUCCACACCAAAUGCCCUCCAACUCCAUCUUCUUCGGUUAUGGUGGCUGUCGGCCAUAUGGGAAAUUACGGAUAUGGGUCUACCACUUUCGAGAACAGUUUUAGAGAGUGUUCGAUAUCAUCGGGAGGAAGUAGCAGCAUGGUGGGGUCUCGUCGGAGCCACCACAUGGGGUCGUGGAUCGGCGUUGAUCCAUAUUCUUCACCGGCAUCCGCGGCGGCGACUGUAUUUGAAAAGACUAAAUACGUUGAAGAAUCCAUGGAAGAGGAGGAGCAGGAGAUCGAAACUCUCCCCCUUUUCCCCAUCCAUGAUGACCGGAGUCUCGGCGGCUUCUGUAGCAUGAAGCCGAAAUAUUCGGACGGCUACUAUACUACCACUUGGUACGGCCGCUCCGACGACGGCGCCACCGGUUCGAGGACUUCGCUGGAGCUCAGCCUCAACUCUUACGCUGCCAUCUCACCGGAUGACGCAAUCUGAUGAAACCCAUAAAGUAAUCUUAAAUUAUGAUGUUAAUUAAUCCCAGCUGAGGAAAUGGGUUUGCUUAAUUUCUAAUUAAUUAGGUACUGAAAAACUGAAAUUAAGAAUAUCUUUGUCUCU